CCCAGCCCCUGGAUAAGAGCUGCCCUCCAACCUGCUGCCAUUUCAGUCAUUCCACCCAGAACGCCCCAGGAGUCCUCAACGUGCCCUGGAGGAGCCUGUUUCCGUUGCAAAGGAAGGUCAAGGAGAGCCACCGAAGAUGAAGUUGUACGUUGUCGUCUUUCUGUGCGUGCUCCUGUGUGCCGACCAAGUUCACUCGCUGGUGUGCUUCACGUGUGAACAACAGUCUAGGAACUGGAGAUGCUUGAAACCAACGAAGUGCUCGUCUCAGGACAAUUACUGUCUGACCACGGUGACCACUACUGGAUUAAGUUUCUUGACGCGCAAAAGGAAAAUCUCCAAGAGGUGUUCACCGGUUUGCCCAGCUUUCCACAUGAAUCUCGGCUUUGUUUCCUACUCUUCUUCCUGUUGCCAGCAUUUCUUAUGCAAUCUCUGGGGAAGGUGGAGGACCUAAUGAAGAGAUGGCCGGCCUUCUCGUGACGGCAGCUGGAGCUGGGGGGGAAAGAGGGUGACCCAUCACCGGUUGCCGGGUCUGUCCGUGGGACUCAAAAUUUCAAGCUUUUAGGACCUUUCUCAGGGUCUCCAGAAAUUCAGAACUAAAAUAUGCUAUUUUCUGCUUGGCUCAAGAGCUUUCGCUUAUCAGGUCUACUCCCAUGUCCACUGGGCUCCACCCCUUCUCCCAACCUGCCAGGAGCUAUCCCACACUCCCUGAUCUACGAGACAUCACCCCUUCGUACCCAACCUCUACCCGCAGGCAUCCUCACAGCCCUAAAUAAACCUUAACAACCCCCUGAGAAGGGCUAUCUUCCGGGAAGCCGCACUGUGGCAUUCUCAAACUGAAAUGGCUGAGCGAAUUAUGGGGAAUUUGUUUCAGAAUUGGAGCCGAUGCAGCAAUUCUGGUGGAUUGGGCCACUUAUAGGAAACAGCAUUCUCUCUGUUAUUAGCAGUGACCAGUCUUUGGUUCCUAUUUUGCCUGGCACUCAGGCAUUUAAUUAUUAAGGCAGGAAUUAUAGAUAGUACAUAGCCCAUGCUUGUAUUUUGCAGACCUUUUCUAUACCACCUUAGUACAGAAUGCUUCUCUUUCCCCAUACAUAAGAUGAUCUUUAUAGGCGGAUAUAUUUUACAGUCCAAAUCCUGUUGAGAUUUCCAGUCCUAUAACGGCCAGCGCCAUAGGCUGUAAUUCAACAGGGCUAUCUGUUCCUGGCACAGACAUGCAGCAGUGGGGCUAAAUUUCUGCCCAUUCUGAAGCUGUUAAAGGCACAGUUGGGAAAGAAAAGUAUGAAUCUUUAGGUCACAUGCCCAGUUACAAGUUCUGAUGGGUUUCCACUGUAGCCAAGAGAUGACUAGAGAGGGGGAGUGAUAUUGUCUUUCUACUGACUUCCACACGUUGAUUGGGUCUUCUGCACAAAGCCUGUACAUGAGCAAACUUGUGUGCAAUAGUCUUGUAUGUGCUAUAUAAGCCCUGGAUCAGGCUAGCCUGACCCCAUCUGCUCUCAAAAGCUAAGCAUGGCUAGUCCUGGUUAGUAAGUGGAUGAGACACCAGCAAAGAAGUCCAGGCUUGCUAAGCAGAGGCAGGCAACGGCAAACCACCCUUGUGUGUCUCUUUCCUUGAAACUGCUGGGGCUUACUGCAAGUUGGUUGCAACUUGAUGGCUUUUUCCAUCACCAUGUAUUAAAAAAUGCUUAUGUCGAUUAUCACACCCUGGAUAAGAUGCCGUUUGCAGAGAUCUCCCCUCCUGUCUCCGGGACUCUGAAGAGUGCUGCCCUCUUGUGUCCAGAAUAUGCAGGACGCUCAAUUUGGUUUUCUCUUUUUUUAAAAAAGUUUAUUAACACCAUAAAAGUUUGGAAUGUUGACAGGGCCGCUACAGCUUCUUUUGGAUUUAAAUCAUACAAACAUAACCUCAGCAUAAUAGGCAAACCUGCGCCAGAGCACAAUGCUGUCUAUCUAUUAUUGCUGUCAAUAAACGGAGUUCUUGGCUUUUGAAAUGUCAAA